AAAAAAAAAACAGAGCCAAAAAAAGCCAGCGAGGCAAGAGAAAAAGGAGGAGAGAGAGAAACGUGUUUGGAGGGCGAGAAAGUAGAGAGAGAAAGAGAGCGGCGGCCGGAGGAGGACGAGCCGGCGUUGUCGUCUCAUUCUCAAAAUUUUUCAGAUUUGCAUUCUGUGGAAAAAUGGUGGAUCAGUACAUGCUAGGCUCGAUAUUGGCCUCGGUGAUAGGGCUGGCGCUGUUGUACAACUUGUUCGUGAAGCGAAAUGGCCGAGAUGAGACCACCACCACCACCACCUCCACGACGACGACGACGGCGAUUAAUGGAGAAUGUAGAUCCAAGAACGACGUUGACGUCAUCAUCGUCGGCGCCGGAGUUGCUGGUGCCGCUCUCGCUCAUACUCUCGGCAAGGAUGGGCGUCGGGUUCAUGUGAUUGAAAGAGAUUUGACUGAGCCUGACCGGAUUGUUGGAGAGCUGCUUCAACCAGGCGGCUACCUCAAAUUAAUUGAGUUGGGACUUGAAGAUUGUGUGGAGAAAAUUGAUGCUCAGCGGGUGUUUGGGUAUGCUCUUUUCAAGGAUGGAAGGAACACCAAACUCUCUUAUCCUUUGGAGAAGUUUCACUCAGAUGUAUCGGGAAGGAGCUUUCACAAUGGGCGUUUCAUCCAAAGAAUGCGGGAGAAAGCUGCAACCCUUCCCAAUGUUCAAUUGGAGCAAGGAACAGUGACAUCUCUGCUUGAAGAAAAUGGUACUAUUAAAGGUGUGCAAUACAAGACUAAAAAUGGUGAAGAACUGGCAGCAUAUGCACCUUUGACCAUUGUAUGUGAUGGCUGCUUUUCAAACCUGCGCCGAUCUCUUUGCAAACCUAAGGUAGAAGUGCCCUCUUGUUUUGUUGGUUUGGUGCUAGAGAACUGCGAACUUCCAUAUGCAAAUCACGGGCAUGUUAUUCUAGCAGACCCAUCUCCAAUCUUGUUUUAUCCUAUUAGUAGCACAGAGGUUCGCUGUCUUGUUGAUGUACCUGGUCAAAAGGUUCCUUCUAUUUCAAAUGGUGAAAUGGAAAAGUAUUUGAAGACUAUGGUUGCUCCCCAGAUUCCUCCUCAGUUGCAUGAUGCCUUUAUCGCUGCUAUAGACAAAGGAAACAUAAGGACAAUGUCCAACAGAAGCAUGCCUGCUGCUCCUCAUCCAACCCCGGGGGCCUUACUGAUGGGGGAUGCAUUCAACAUGAGGCACCCUUUGACUGGUGGAGGAAUGACCGUUGCACUAUCUGAUAUUGUUGUGCUACGUGAUCUUCUUAAGCCUCUGCGUGACCUAAAUGAUGCACCUACUCUUUGCAGAUAUCUUGAAUCCUUUUACACCUUGCGCAAGCCCGUAGCAUCCACAAUAAAUACAUUGGCUGGUGCCCUCUAUAAGGUGUUUUGUGCUUCACCCGAUCAAGCAAGAAAGGAAAUGCGUGAAGCUUGCUUUGAUUAUUUAAGCCUUGGAGGUGUUUGUUCGACAGGACCAGUGUCUUUAUUGUCAGGAUUAAACCCUCGCCCAUUGACCUUGGUUCUCCAUUUCUUUGCCGUGGCUAUAUUUGGUGUUGGUCGCUUGUUAUUGCCAUUUCCCUCUCCUAAACGCAUGUGGAUUGGAGCCAAAUUGAUUUCGGGUGCUUCUGGUAUCAUCUUACCGAUCAUCAAGGCAGAAGGAGUGAGACAGAUGUUUUUCCCCGCUACGGUUCCUGCAUAUUACAGAGCUCCUCCUAUGAAGUGAUGGUGUGAAAACUGAAUUAUGGAAUGACCAAAAAAACAAAAAAUUCAAGCACUUCAGAAUUAGGGAACAAAUUAAACAACCGUUAUACUGUUAAGACUGGCUAGUUCUUCAAAGCAAAAGCUUUCCCUUGUUCUGUUCAAGUUUAGGGGUUUAGGUUGAUCGCUUUGUUGUGUAAUUUUGUUCUUAAGACAUUCAUUUUAGUGUGUUGAUUACAUUUCUCAUAAAUCAAUUUGCAUAUAUGUAUAAUUUUUUCCCCCCUCUCCGCAAUGCUCAUUUCACUGUAUGGUUAGAAUUUUCAUGACUGAAAAUUAAUGUAAUUGUUAAAUCUAGUAGAAAAAAUAUUAUUGCACCUCAAAAA